AUGGCGGGUUGCUUUGAAGACAGAGUUGCUGCUCUCUUCCCUAGACCAGCAGCAGCAGCAGCAGCAGCAGCAGCAGCAGCAGCAGCAAGUUCAGCUGGUGCUGCUGCUCUGGACGUCCCAGCGGCUGCUGCUCCAGCUGCUUCUGCUGCCAGCAGCAGCAGCAGCAGCAGACAGGUUCAAAAGCCCGAACAAAAUUCUUGCGCUGCAGCUGGCGAGGUAGCGAAUGACGAGCAGCAGCAGCAGCAGCAGCAGCAGCAGCAGCAGCAGCAGCAGCAGCAGGAACCGAGGGCUGCAGCGGAGUGGGUCUUGUCCGCUGGGGCGCCUGAAGGUCGGUGGCAGCCGCGCGAUAUUGCGCUGCUGCUGCGGCGGCUGGAGAUGCUGCAGCACCCCCAGCCAGCAGCAGCAGCCAAACCCAGCAGCAGCAGCAGCAGCAACAUCGGCAGCAGCAGCAGCAGCAGCAGCAGCAGCAGCCAGCGUCUAUCCCACAAAGAAGCUCGCGCUUUACGGAUGCUGCUGUGCUGCCCCUCAGGGCUGCAGGCGGUGGGGGGAGCCUUUAUUGCUUUUGACAAUUUGCAGCAGCAGCAGCAGCAGCAGCAGCAGCAGCAGCAGCAGCAGCAAGAGCAGCAGCAGCAGCAGCGGCAGGCCUUGCUGACAGCACUGCGAGACCUAUCAUGUGCAACUUCUCUUGCUGAAGUUGCUGCUGCGAACUGCAUGCAGCAGCAGCCUGACAGCAAGCGCCUUGCUUCAGAGACGCAGCAGCAACAGCAGCAGCAGCAGCAGCAGCAACAGCGGCCGUAG